GAUACUUGUCAAAAAAAGAAAAUAUCAAAACAAAACCACUUAUUUCAUAAUUACCCCCUAGUUUUUAACAAUUUUAUCUCAAAUUCGCAGUGUUUAAUUGGUGUUACGUGCGUUACGUGUUAGAGAAAACAUGCGGCAGUGAAAACGCGACUUUCACCAUUAAUUUUCUGUUAUAAAACCCGUAAUGGCCAUGGAAAUCAAACCUCUAGAGGAGCCGCUGCAAAACAAAAUCCUGCUGGAGGAGACGUUUUACGUGCUGUCGAAGAAGAGCAGCACCUUCAAGGUACGUCUGACCCCCAAGGGGCUACAUCUGAUAAAAGACACCUCGGACACUGUGAAGGAACAACUGGUGCUCCUUAAGGACAUCAUCGGGUGCCAGUGCUUAAGGAGCAAAAGACGCACCAGAAACUGCACUUGCCAAUCCCUACCUCGCUCAGACAGCUUACAAGUAGUCGAGGAAAACUCCAGUGAACUAGAUGAUACAGAUUGCAGUGCCUAUUUGUAUAUUUACGCCUAUAUCUUCCAAGGCACCAGCAAGAAGAGAGAGCGCACCAUAAUCACUUUAAGGUUUCGCUCAUUUGAUAAAUAUGAGGACAAUAAUAAGGAGGCACAGAGGUGGAGGUCUGCUAUAAAAAAACUAAUAAAAGAACCACUGAAUUCAGCACUGCUACACGAGAGUGUAUUGACAACAAGACACAGGGAAACCAGAAGGCUUUUGGUGCUUUGUAACCCGAAAAGUGGGGCUGGUAAGGGCAAACAGAUAUUCCAGCAAAAGGUGGCACCAUUGCUAAUGGAGGCGGAGAUUCCCUACGAUUUACAUAUGACAAAAUGUUUGAAUUUCGCCAGGGAGUUUGUGCGCACCAGUAAUUUGUACCAGUGGACUGGAAUUAUUGCCGUGGGUGGGGACGGCAUCGUCUUCGAAAUCAUCAACGGCCUGUUCGAGCGUCCCGACUGGUCCGCCAUCGUAAAGUCCCUCCCCAUAGGCGUGGUGCCGGGCGGGUCGGGUAACGGACUCGCACGCAGCAUCGCCCACCACUCGGCCGAGCCGUACUCGCCCACCCCCACCCUGCCGGCCACCCUGGCGGCCAUCCGCGGGGCCAGCGUGCCCAUGGACCUCGUGCGAGUCGAAACCCUCAGUCAGAUCUUGUUCUCGUUCUUGUCGGUGGGGUGGGGGCUGCUCUCGGACAUCGAUAUCGAGAGCGAACGGUUGCGGGUGUUGGGGGGCACCAGGUUCACCGUGUGGUCGGUCGCGAGGCUGAUCGGGCUCCGCUCGUACCGGGGCAAGUUGUGGUACCUGCCCUGCCCCAAUCCGGUUACUAAGAGGGGGGAGGACGAGGAGGAGUUCGGGAGUCCCGUUAAUGGCGGGGGGAGCACCUUGGAGCUGAGUGGGGAGGUGCUUUUGGAGACCGAGGAAGGGAGGCCCAGGGUAGACUCGUGGUAUAGCGCUCAUUCUAGACGUAGUGACUAUUUUUCGACCGGUGGCAGCUCAUAUCAGUCGACAGCGGAUAGUGGAUUAGGUGACGGGGACGGCCCAAGGCGCAUGUACGGGCCUGCGCCCACCUUGCCAAGCCUCGCCGCUCCAUUGCCGGAUACAUGGCGAUGCAUUGAGGGCAGAUUUGUCAUGGUUCACGCCUCGUAUCAGACCCAUUUGGGGGAGGAGUGCCUGAUGGCCCCCGAGGCGAGCCCGAACGACGGCCGCAUUUGGUUGUUGAUCGUCAAACACGGGGCCAGUCGCUCCCAAAUGUUGCAAUUCAUGUUGGGCCUGACCACCGGCGCGCACGCGGCCUCCGGAAACAGGGACCCCACCGGAAACAUCGAGUUGGUUCCGGUUAGUGCGUUCCGGAUCGAACCGGAUAUGCGCCAGCAGGGGUACUUGACGGUGGACGGGGAGCACGUGGAGUACGGCCCCAUCCAGGCGGAGAUUUUCCCCGAGUUGGGGCGUGUGAUGGUUCCUUGAUCCGAGGGGGGCGCCGCCCCGGGUCGCUCCAUAGUAAAACGCAAGUCCAAGGUGGUCGUUCUGUCCACGUUGGAGCCCCUCCUCAUCCGACUCGAUAGCAUUUAAUUUUAUUUUUAAAUUUUGAUUGUCAACAGCAACCAAACCAAACAGGAUCUAGAUCGGGCCUUCGGGACGGCCUAUAAACCGAAAAACCCGCGCAUUUCUUUCAGUAUUUCAAUAAUUUUUUGGUACUUAACCGCGUAUACCUCGGAAAUGAGUGCAGAAAAUAUUAAAUCAAACUUUAAGUGCUAAAAGCGUUCGUAUAGAUUAAGGGCUGUGAGUUGUAGCAUAUUAAAUACAUGGGCUGUACGAGCCCUAGUUGUUAAAAAGAAUUAUAUAGUAUAUUAUAGUAAAUGUCUCAUCAAAUGAAAAAUACUCUUGCACACUUUGUUAAAUGGAUGCUAAAGUUUAUGAUGCCAAACUACUUGUAAUUUUGACUCUUUUAUUACCAUUUCAGUAGGUUAAGGUGGUUGAAAAUAAACAGGAAAAAAAAUACCAAAAAAAAA